AAUAUCUUUUCUUGUUUUUUUUAUCCUUUUCUGCCUUUUUCAACAUUUUAAACUCUUCAGAUGAAGAUCGAUACUGGGUUUUACUCCAAAACCAUCACACCUACUUAUGACUCUGAUGCAAUUGAUAGGCUUCGCUACUACUUCACAGUAUUUCUAUUAACUUCAAGUGCCUUUUUUAUAAUGGCAAAACAAUAUGUUGGACAAAGCAUCCAAUGCUGGGCUCCGAAACAAUUUAAAGGUGGAUGGGAAGAAUAUGCAGAAUCAUAUUGUCUAAUUGAGAAUACAUAUUAUGUACAUAUGAAUAAUUCAAAUCUACCAGGACCAGCUAUCCGGGAAAACAAAGAACUGAAAUAUUAUCAGUGGGUCCCGUUCAUCCUCUUUGGAUUGGCAGUGGUAAUUUAUAUUCCAAGAGUUAUUUGGAAUGCUCUUCAAUCUCUAAUUGGUAUCAAUAUCUCCAUAGUAACAUCGAAUCUUAGAAAAGUUGCAAAAAGUGGAUUUACAUCAGAAAAUCCGGAUAUUGAGAAGAAGAAAAAAGAGAUGCAGUGUAAAAAGAAGGCGACGAGUCGGCAAGUUGACGGUGAAUUCUGGGGAUCACGCCUAACCACUUGCAUAUUGGCAACAAAAUUUCUGGCAACAAUCUUGAUAUUUAUCUCAAUGGGAUUUUUGGAUUAUUUCAUGGGAUUGGGUCCGAUGUAUGGAUGGACAAUUACAAAAGAUAUAUUACAAGGACGACAAUGGCAAGAGAGUGGCUCAUUUCCGAGAGUAACUUUCUGUGAUUUUCAAGUUCGAGAACUUGGUUAUGUCAAUAAUUGGUCACUUCAGUGUGUUUUAAUGGUGAAUAUACGAAAUUUUAACUCCUGAAAACGGACAAAAAACGAAAUUUUGCUAUUUUUGGUCUCGACACGACAUAAUUGACGUGGUGUCAGGGUGUCUUAUGUCGGUUUGAUGAACGAUCUACGAGAUCUACGAGAAUUGCGGAAAUUCAGACGCAGAGUUCUCAAACUGAUUUUUGAAUAAAAAUUCCCGCAUUUUUUGUAGAACAAACUGUAUUGGGACAGCCUGACACCACGAGAAAAUAUUGUUAAAUGCUUAAAAAUACGCGUCUUUACUGUGAUUUCAAGCUCUCACAGCUUCCAAGUUUUCAUCGAAUUUUCAGAUACUAAAUAAAUACUUACGAUUUUUUUAAAGAAAAAUUUGAAGAAAAUUGCAAAAGAACGAAGUUGGGAUACACUACUGUAGUCUGUACUUUAAUCAGUGUCAAUCGUGUCACAUUCCAAUUAAAAAUAUAUAUUACAGGGUCUCGCCACGUUUUCAAAACUUUUCGUGAUGAGACCUCAUUGAAACAAUUUUUAGGUGAACAUGUUCAAUGAGAAGCUGUUCAUUGCGCUUUGGUGGUGGUACGCACUUUUGGCGAUUCUCUCGAUUUUCGACAUUUUCCGAGUGUUAUUCCGAUUUACAAUCCAUCAUCAAAUCUCUUUCAUCACGAGAAUUCUGGCAUGUACAGGUGAUUCUGCGAUCAGUGCAACAGAAGUUGGAGAGUUUAAUCGAAAAGUGUUACGAAUCGAUGGAAUCAACUUGACACAUUUGGUUUAUGCGAAUGCUACGAUUUUUGAAGCCGCUGAUUUUGUGAGGCCUAUGUGGGAGCAGUUUAAAGAAAACCAGAAUUAAGUGUUUUGACUGUUUAAAUUAUUGGAGUAUUUUCUUCAAAUGUAUUUUGAUCAAUUUUUUUUUCCUAUCCUCUUCGAAUAAAUAGAUUU